AUGGCUGCUGCGACGGCGGCCGCAGCGGCGGCGGUGGUGGCGGCGGCGGCGGAGGAGGACACGGAGCUGAGAGACUUGCUGGUGCAGACGCUGGAGAACAGCGGAGUCCUCAAUAGGAUUAAGGCUGAACUACGGGCAGCUGUAUUUUUAGCACUUGAAGAACAAGAAAAAAUAGAGAACAAAACACCUUUAGUGAAUGAAAGCCUGAAAAAGUUUUUAAAUACUAAAGAUGGUCGUUUAGUGGCAAGUCUUGUUGCAGAAUUCCUUCAGUUUUUCAAUCUUGACUUCACCUUGGCCGUCUUUCAGCCUGAAACUAGCACAGUUCAUGGGCUUGAAGCUCGAGAGAAUUUAGCCCGAGAUUUAGGAAUUAUUGAAGCAGAAGGCACUGUUGGUGGACCAUUACUAUUAGAGGUAAUCAGACGGUGUCAACAGAAAGAAAAAGGUUCACUUAGUGGGGAGGGAGUACUGGAUCUAUCUGAUAUACAUUCUCCACCAAAAUCCCCGGAAGGAAAGAUGACAAACUCUCAUACAGUACCCAGUAAGAUACCAAGGUAUAAAGGACAAGGUAAAAAGAAGAAAAGCGGGGAGAAGUCUGGUGAAAAGAAGACUACUGAAGCAAAUCAGAGUGAUACAAGUAUCUCCUCAUCAGAAAUAAAAACCAAAGGUCUUCAUCUCUUAGCCAGUGAAACAAAACUUGGUUCUUCCUUAAAUAAUAGGGCUUUGGAUGGCAAAGACACAGCUGGUCGAUGUUCCCAUGAAGAUGACGUGGAUGGCGAUUCCUUCUUUGAUGAUCCCAUUCCUAAGCCAGAAAAAAGUUAUGGUUGGAAAAGUGAAUCAAGCAAGCAAGUAGGAAGCCUUGCAUCACUUUCUGAUGCACCACCAUUAAAAAGUGGACUUAGCUCCUUGACUGGAACACGUUUACUAAAAGAAUCUGAAAAUACAAGGGGAAGCUCAGUAUUGAGAGAUCUGAAAAUGGUCAGUGAUAAAAUUGGAUCACUUGGAUUAGGAACUGGAGAUGAAGAGGAGUACAUGGAUGACUUUAAUAGUACCAUAAGUCAUCGCUCAGAGAAAAGUGAAAUAAGUAUUGGAGAAGAGAUAGAAGAAGAUAUUUCUGUGGAACUAGAUGACAUCAAUAUCAAUGAUAAACUUGAAGACCUCACACAGGACAUUACUGUUUCUCAACUUAGUGAUGUUGCAGAUUACCUAGAAGACGUUGCAUAGACAUGAAAGAAGGAGGUAUUCUAAUAAAAUGGACUAAGGACUCAAAACAGUUACAUUUCUUUCAGACAAUCACUCUUUGGAAUGUCUGCUUCCUGUUUGUGCCUUGUGUUUCAAAAAGACUGCAGAUAAAAAAAAAACUUACCAUUUCACAGCAUAUACUAAGUGAAAUAGUACCAAUUUGAACCUGUGUGGAGGAUUUAUUAUUGUUCAUUUGGUUGAAAUAUGCCUUUCACUGUGGAAGUUGGAUUUUCUCAGCACUUGCCCAUUGCAGGCAGUGGACACAUGGAAUUACCAGUGUUACAGAGAGUAUAAUAGAAGAAAUCAACAAAACUAUACCUUCACACAAAAUUGUGUAUGAAUGAGUGUGUGUGGCAUUAUGAUGCUUUUCAAAUACAGUUUUUGGCCUCAAAAGCAAGGACAUCUAGAGUUAAGGCUUAUCCACUCAAUUAUACUUUGUUAUUGGUAAAGUCAUUCUGAGAUUAGUUAUGAGUUAUGUGAUAAAUCUUUAUUGCUGAGAUACAUCAGUAUAAGUUAGGUUUGGUAUAUCAGCUUUGACUUUAUAUUUCCUUCCUUUUGGAAGGCUUGUUAGACCAUUAAGGUUAUCUUAAAUUACUCAUCUGUCUGCUAAUUAAUUUUAUUUUAUAGACAGCUAAUAAGUGGUUGAAGCUUUGAGUUCCUAGAGAUGGACAGUAUCACAGUCAGGUUACUGUUGAUGAGUCCUUGUCAGUGUGAGAAUUUUUGAUUUACAAAAAGAAAAAUGUUCACUACAGUUGCAUUUUUUUAAAAAUUUGCCUUCUAAGGUACCCAAACAAGCCUGAAACCACUAAGCAGCUCUUCCUUUUUUGCUUCAGACCUGUAAGUUGACAUCUAAGUUUAAAUCCAAAUUGGAAAACAAAAUUAGUGAUGGCCUAAGACCACAUGAAUAUUCAGUUUCAGACAGAAGCUUAUACUGUGCAUGUUUUCAUUAUAACUCUAUAAAAACAGGGUCAAUAGAAAUGCUGACAGUUUUGUGUAUACUGUCAUGCAUAAAUGCUGCUAUUUAUAGGUCAUUGACAUUUGUAAUAUUAAAGUCUUUUAAAUUGCACUUGAGCAUUGUUAAAAAUAAUAGGAAAUGAUAAAUGCAGGUGAAUAUAAGCAGCUAUACAUUUAUGUUAAAUUUUUAUACUUUUUUUAUUUCAAUUAAAUUAUGGUUAUUUUUUGUCACCUUAAUAGAAGCAGCAUGCUAAACCAAAUACAUUAAUGUAAUGAUGAGAGGAGAUAAUACAUAGUUUACAUAAAGCCAACUGGUACUCUCACAUUGGCUCAAAUAUUUUAAAAUAAUAAUUCAUUGAGUUUUUAGUAUAAAAGGUGAUAAAUACUUACAGACUUUUCAUUUGAUGAUAAUUAUGAUAUUAAAAUCUGGAAUUGAUUGUUUUUUGUUUACUAAAAAUAAACCAAACAAGAAUACGGCAAAAUUAAAAGGGAAAAAAAAAAACCAUUGAUGAUGUUCAGAUCUACCCUAGAUUUAUAAAGCAGUAUCUCAAGAUAGUUAAGGCCAUUAUAUUUUUGUGUAUUUGAAUCAUAUCAAGAGGACCUUUAAAUGGUAAACAUCUUGUAUGAAGAAACACUCUGCUGCAAAACACUGCCCAAAUUACUUAUUACAAAACACCUUUCAUGCUUUGUGUAACAUCCAAGAAACAAUGUGAAAUUUAAAUGGCUGUUGUAAAGUGUAACGUUUUUGUUCUGCCCACUUGUGAAUUGUUUCAAAUGUAUUUUUUUAAAUCCUGAUUGAAGAUAAUGAGAUUUCAAUGAAAUGUUUGAAACUUUGUUGCAAGAUGUGACCUUUAUAAAAAUUAUAAAACCAAUUAUAAAUUGUUGAAUAGUAGCAUCUGAAAUGUGACAUUUUCCUGUUAGAGAAUCUGAACUUCAGAUGGUAUUUGGGAAAAUGUGGGAGAAAAAUACCAAAUAUGAGAUUAUUUUAAGAUGCUAGUACUAUAUGCAUUUUUGAGUAACUUUUAACAGCUUAAAAUUCAACUAUAAGAUAAAGCUAUGGUGCUAGAUGGAGUCAUUCACCCUGUUUGAAAUAGAUUUACCUAUCUAAAUAAGGAUUAAGCUUUAAGGUUUAGAAUGGUAGGCCAGAAGAUUUUGAGUGUGAAGGGGUUUUUUGCAUGCAUGUAUAUGGAAAUAUCCCAGGUAGCAUACUUUUUGGAAUAUAUUUUUAUGAAGUGAAACCAGUAUUCUGCAGUGGCAGUUUUCAUAUUUCAGGUCCUUCAUUAAUUGACAAAAAAAUAAAAGUGCUUUUUUCUUCUUUC